AUGACUGCCGCUACCGCUGCCGGGACCGGGACCGGGACACCGGGGACACCGGAGACACCGGAGACACCGGGGACACCGGACCUGAGCCACCUGACGGAGGAGGAGCGGAGCAUCAUCCUGUCAGUGAUGGACAGACAGAAGAAGGAGGAGCAGAAGGAGCAGAGCGCGCUGAAAGAUCAGGAGGAAGUCAAAUCUUCGUCCGUUUCGUGGAACCCGUUGUCAGGAGUCAGUCAGCUGGUGUCGGAGGUUCUGCAGGUUCUCAGUCCGACUGACGAGGAGACGCAGAAGUUACAUCAGCAGUUUGAGAUGUAUAAGGACCAGGUGAGGAAGCUGGGGGCGGAGCCUCAGGGUGCUCACACAGCGCCGGCCGACUCUCACACCUGCGCCGUCUGUCACAAAACAAAGAUGGCCGACAGCUGCGGCCGCACCUGCUGCUACUGUCAGGGCAACUUCUGCGCCCGCUGCGGGGGGCGUGUCCCCCUCACAGCCAAUAAGGUGAUGUGGGUGUGUAACGUCUGCAGGAAGCAGCAGGAGAUCUUAACCUCUCACAGGGUUCCCAACCCUCCACUGCAGGGGCCACAGGGGCCUCUGAGCAACGGAGCCACAGAUGGGAGGCCGAGGGAGUCAUAUUACGAUGGUGGGGGGGGCAGGAUGCCUCGCUCGCCCUCUGACGCCGGUCUGGACCGCCGCUCCCGCUCUCCACACGGCUGCCAUGGUUACGAGGAGGAGGAGUUGCCUGCCAGGAGGCGACCAAUCAGAGACAAUCGAGGCCGCUGGCACUCACAGGACCCUCUGGAUCAGGUUCAGGACAACUUGGAGCUGCGGCGGCGGCAGGAGGAGGAGUUUCAGGCCCGUUACCGUAGUGACCCAAACCUGGCUCGUUACCCGGUGAAACCGCAGCCGAGCGAGGAAGCCAUGAGGAUGUUAGCUCAGGUCGGCCGAGUCCGCCACCAGCGCCGCCACAGCGAGGUCUCCACGGCAACCGCAGAGGGUCACCUGACCCCGAAGCACGCUCUCCGGCAGCCUCGGGCUCCAGGAUUGGUUGGAGCUGGGGGUCAGAGGUCGUCUCCUCGCAGCAGCCCCGUCCAACACCUGGACCUAAGCCCCGCCCGCCGGAGGAAGUCGGCCAAUGAGAGCGCAGCGCAGAGGGGCGGGAGGAUGGGGAGGAUGCACCUGAUUGGCAGCUUCAGCAGCUCGUCAGAGGACCUGGCGACCACGCCCGACUAUGAAAGCUGUGACGAGCCUGAUAGAGACAUGGACAGCCAAUGGUGGGAUCCUGGAUCCUGGCAAGGCGAGCCUGCGCUCAUGCAGGCGGUCACAUGGCAGCCGUCCAAGGAUGGGGAGCGUCUGAUUGGUCGAAUUCUGCUGAACAAGAGGAUGAAGGAUGGGACGGUUCCCGCGGAUAUGGGAGCUCUGCUGGGACUCAAGGUUGUCGGGGGAAAGAUGACGGAGUCCGGUUGUCUCUGUGCUUUCAUCACCAAAGUGAAGAGAGGAAGUCUGGCUGACACCGUGGGACACCUGAGGCCAGGUGAUCAGGUUCUGGAGUGGAACGGUCGGGUUCUUCAGGGAGCCUCAUUCAACGAGGUCUACAACAUCAUCCUGGAGUCCAAACCAGAACCGCAGGUGGAGCUGGUGGUGUCUCGACCAAUCAGGGAUGGUUCCAGAGCAGCAGACGGUUCCUACAUCCAGCACGACUCCAGUUCCAGUUCAUUUGAGUCCCAGAAGCUCGGUCCGUCUCCCAUGAGCACCGGCUUCCUGUCCGGACAGGUGUCUACUAUGACCCGGCGCGCGCUGGUUCCCAGAGUCCAGGUGAGGCUUUGGUUCGAUAAAGUGGGUCAUCAGCUGAUCGUAACGGUUCUCGGAGCUAAAGAACUUCCUGUUCGAGACGACGGCCGACCGCGGAACCCGUAUGUCAACAUCUACUUCCUGCCGGACAGAAGCGAUAAGAGUAAGAGAAGGACGAAGACGGUGAAGAAGUCUGUAGAACCUCGGUGGAACCAGACCUUCAUGUACUCUCCGGUCCACCUGCGGGAGUUCAGAGAACGGAUGCUGGAGCUGACGGUCUGGGAUCAGGCCCGGGUCCGAGAGGAGGAGAGCCAGUUCCUGGGAGAGGUUCUGAUCGAGAUGGAGUCGGCUCUGCUGGACGAUCAGCCUCACUGGUACAAACUGCAGCUGCAGAACGUCUCCCCCUACCUGCAGAGGAGAGGACUGCAGGCCGAGGCCAGGAGGCUGCAGAACACAGGCCAUUACUUUAACUCAGGAUCUCAGAGGAUCAGCGACAGCGAGUUCUCCGACUACGACUGUGAGGACGGGAUCGGCGUCAUCGCAGACGGUCGGCUGAACAGCAGAGACUUCCACAGCUCCAGCCUCUCGGUCCCGGAGCAGGUGAUGUCGUCCAAUCACAACGCUCGAUCCGACAUGGUCCGGAUGAGGUCACGAUCGCCGAGCCAGAGCGGUAACACCCUGUACCCGUUGUACCGGGAGGACGCCGUGCGGCUGCUGCGAGGAUCCAAAAUGAGCCGAACGUUCUCUGACGCCGGCCAGUACAGCAGCCUGGAGAGGAGGUCUUCGAGGAGAAUGUCUGUCGCCAACUCUUUGGAUUCAUACGACAGAUACUUUAACGGGCCGAACCACAUGAUGAACGGGAACUGUGAGGACUACAGCCAGGACUUCAUCCCAGACUUCCCCUUCGAACCCGACGCCUUCGAUGAGGAGCUGCUAGGUAAAGAGAGAGAGCGUUUUGUUGCCUUUUUUUUUUCAUUCAUUUCAUGAAGGAAGUUAUAGAAGAAAUCUGCUGGAUCCUUUCACUGGAACAUAAAUCUAAUCCUCUGACCUCUGACCUCUGACAGGGUGAACCCUCGAUCCACCAACUCCAGUCCAACAGGAACGCCCGUCUGCAGCCGCCGAACUCGCCAGCUGCCAGCCGUCCCGCCCAGAGGAGCUCCGGACAGAUUUUUGACUUCGCCAACCCCAGAAGCACCAACCAUCGCCCCCCCCAUGCUGCAUCAUCAGGCCCCUCCCCCUGUCCACAAACCUGUCCCUCCUCCUGUCAAUCAUCAACCUCCUGCUAUACGAAUCCAAGCCCCACCUCAUCCUGCCCCAGCACCUGCCCCAGCUCCUCCUGCCCCAGCUCCUGCACCUGCCCCAGUACCUGCCCCUGCACCUGCCCCUGCUCCUGCCCCUGCUCCUGCACCUGCCCCAGCUCCUCCUGCCCCAGCUCCUGCACCUGCCCCAGUACCUGCCCCAGCUCCUCCUGCCCCAGCCCCAGCUCCUCCUGCCCCAGCUCCUGCACCUGCCCCAGCUCCCGCCCCAGUUCCUGCACCUACCCCAGCUCCUCCUGCCCCAGCUCCUGCACCUGCCCCAGCUACUGCCCCAGCUCCUACACCUGCCCCAGCCCCUGCACCUGCCCCAGCCCCUGCACCUGCCCCAGCCCUUGCACCUGCCCCUGCCCCAGCACCUGCCCCUGCCCCAGCUCCAGCACCUGCCCCUGCCCCAGCACCUGCCCCUGCCCCAGCUCCAGCACCUGCCCCUGCACCUGCCCCUGCACCUGCACCUGCCCCAGUUCCAGCACCUGCUCCUGAACCUGCCCCAGCACCUGAACCUGCCCUGUCCCCUGCACCUAGCCCCGCCCCCUCACCAGCCCCGGAGACUCCAGAGCCGGACAGACGCUCAGCGACACCUGGAGGGACCAGAAAAGAGGUCACAUGGGAGGACCAGCAGAAGAAGGCAGCCAAUGGUAUAGUACCACCUGUUAGCCACACCCACGUGCAGACAGGUGUGAUGAAGGAUCCAAAGGUGAAGGACAGUUUGUCCUUUAAAUCUUCAGACAGUGAGGUCAGCGACAUGUUGGCCGUGUCCACCUCUGAAACCCGACCUGUCCGCAAGAUCAGUCGGGGGGAGGCUGUGGACGGCCAAUCAGGGGAGCUGGGAACACAGGAAGUAGUAAAGGAGGCAGAGGGCGGAGCAACGCUGCUGAAGAGCGAAUCAGUGGAGGAAGGAGAAGAGGAGGAGCCAGAGCCCCCAAAGCCGGUGGCUCCUCUGCAGAAGUCUGCGAGCGUCGGCGGUGAGAUCUGCUCGCUGGGACGAAACGACGACGACGACGACGAAAAGAAGCGACGAUCCAGUUUCGGAGCUCGGAUGAUGGGAAUGGUCGGACUGGGAUCGAAGAGCCAAAGCUCCCAGCUCAAUCCUGAGGAGGAAGAGAAGAAGAAGAAGGUGGUGAGACUUCCUGUCCAGAGGAGCGUAGAAACCGGAUUGGCCGUCGACUUUAAAGCUCGUUUAACUCGACAGCCGAGCCGCGACCCCGACGCCGAAGACCCGAAACCCGGAGCUCUCAUCUUUCCGGGGGUAAAGUUGGCGUCAGACAAACAUUUCACCGGCUUCCUGGACGGUUUAGGCCCCGCCCAGCUGGCUGGCCGCCAGACUCUGGCCACGCCCGCGAUGGGUGACAUCCAGAUCGGGAUGGUCCACAGGAAGGAGCGUCUGGACGUGGAAGUGAUCCGAGCCCGCGGCCUUGUGGGUAAACAAGGCAACAAGAACACACCAGCUCCGUAUGUGAAGGUGUACCUGAUGGAUAACGGGAAAUGUGUGUUGAAGCGCCGAACUCGUCUGGCGAGAAAAACACUCGACCCGCUUUAUCAACAACAGCUGCAGUUUGAAGAGAAUCCAGAAGGAAAAGUCCUGCAGAUCAUCGUCUGGGGCGACUACGGUCGGAUGGACCAUAAAUCCUUCAUGGGCUCGGCUCAGAUCCUAUUGGACGACCUGGACUUAUCCAACAUGGUGAUUGGCUGGUUUAAACUGUUUCCUGGCACCUCAUUGGUGGACCCUGCCUUGGCCCCGCUGACCAAUAAGGAAACAGAGGGCGGGAAGUCGUAG